AUGGCUGCAGCCGACCAUCAUACACGUAGCGGACUGGUACCCAUUGCGCCUGCGCCUGUCAAUGAGAAUGGUGCAAAUCAAAAGUCGGCUCAAGCUGUCAUGGCAUUUAGUUGCCGAACCUGUGCAAAACGCAAGGUGAAAUGUGACAAGGUGACACCAAUAUGCUCUAGCUGUCGCAAGGCCAAACUCGAUUGCUUGUAUCAGGCUCCUUUGUCCCGAUCGCGGAAAAGAAAGCCGAGUGAUGAUGAGCUCGAGAAACUCGCCCGGUACGAGCGAAUUCUGUAUGAACACGGUUUGUUGGAUGCCGAGCCGUCAUCGCCUGCAGUCGGAGAGACGCCAGAGGAACCAAUAUCUCUGCAAUGGAACGAACCCGGAGAAUCUGGUUCUGGCAAGCUCCUAGCCAAUCAAGGCAAGUCACGAUAUAUUGAUAGCCGUUUCUGGCACAACUUUGGAGACAAUGAGAUACAGGGUAUGCUCGAUGGUGAACAUGAAGACGAUGAUCAAAUGGCCAGCGGAUCGAUGAUCGACCCAUUGACAGGGGCAUUUCUGGGUUCUCAACAAGAUCUUCUACAGUAUCACCCGACUCACAUGAAAGCUAUGUCUAUGUGGGAGACGUACACAAAUCGUAUAGAGCCUCUAUGCAAGAUCCUGCAUGUUCCAUCCACCGCCGAAAUGCUAGUGAGAGCUUCUAAAGAGCCUGAAAAGGCGUCCAAAACCGACGAAUGCCUGCUGUUUGCCAUAUACCACUUUGCAGUCUUCAGCAUCACUGAAGAUGAAUGUAUAGCACAGUUCGGCAAGUCGCGUGCAACAGUAAUGGAACGAUAUCAUUUUGCAACGCGGCAAGCUCUUGUUAAUGCGUCCUUUCUUAAGACUACUGAGUUACCGAUCCUACAGGCUCUCGUCAUAUUUCUUAUACCUUGCGCAUUCUUUUACGACCCCAACACGUACUGGAUUUUGACUGGUGUUGCAACUCGCAUAGCACAACGAAUGGGGCUUCAUAGAGAUGGGGAGACUCUCGCAUUACCGCCAUUUGAAGUACAAAUGAGAAGACGGCUGUUUUAUCGACUUUUACCUCUUGACGCAAAUGCAAGCCAAAUGUCAGGCGUUGGUCUGUCAAUUCUGUCCCUUACUUGGGAUACCAAAGAGCCAUUGAACGUUGAUGACAACCAGAUUUGGCCAGGAAUGACCAAGGCACCGCAAGAGAAGAAAGGUGCCAGUGAGAUGAUCUUCUGCUUGGCUCGUGCCAGUGUUGGGAAAUAUUUUGCUAAGGCAGGAAGACCGAACAAUGGCUCGGGCUCCGCACAUUUCAAAGACUAUCAAGAGGCUGAGCUGGUCAUUAGUAAGGCGGAGAGUGAAGUAGAGGAAACUUUCAUUCGGUACUGCGACGUUAUCAAUCCAUUGCAUUUUCUCACAGUAUGCUCGAUCAGAUCGGGAAUUAUAGCAAUGCGUCUCCGGAUCCACCUUCCCAGAAUUCGGAAUCAGACCGCUACUGAUGAAGAGAAGAGAAACACGUUUCAAUUUGCACGGAGGAUACUAGACACCGACUCUGCAGUAUGUGCUAAUGCAAGCUUAACGAAGUACCGCUGGCACACGAGACCGUUGUUCUUAUGGGGCACUUGGGAUUCAUUGGUAGUUGUGCUAACGAUCCUCUGGCGAAAUUGCGAUAUUCUCUCAGCGUUAGAAGUUGACGCGGCUUGGAAAAUUCUGGAGUCGGUCUUCUAUAAUCAUGACGAACUACUUGAGCUCAAGCGAGCCUUGUACUUGGCAUUUGGACGACUUACGUUGAAGGCGUGGGAUACUCAUCCACCGAGCAUCAGCGUUCCGGAGCCGAGCUUUAUCACCACCUUGCGCUAUUUACAGAAAAGAAUUCCUCGGAACCGGAUCAAAGAGAAGGCUCGUAGCGUUGACACCGAAGACAUAGACGCAAAUUCAACACCGAUAUUCGAUCCAUCAUCUGCAAAUGAUGCGAAUCCGUCUUUGAACGGCUAUUUUGAAAAUGCGGACUUUGAUUUCAGCCUUGAGUUCAACCUUGAAGAGCCAGAUUGGGCAUUUUGGGAUCAUUUAUUACAAAUCUCAUAA